UCCUCCCCCAGCAUUGGUCGACUGACGAGGAUCUCUGCAACCAGCAGAGGACCUUCAGAGUGGACCAGGAGAAUCCAGAACCUCCACAAACUCCAGAGGAACUGCAGGAUCCAGAACCUCUACAGAUUAAAGAGGAACCAGGAGAACUCUGCAUCAGUCAGGAUGAAGAGCAGCUUGAUCUGAAGCAGGAGACUGAAACCUUGAUGGAGAUUCCUGCUUUGGAGGAACAUGUUGACAGUGAAGCAGAUGGAAACAAUCAGCAGAGCUUGAAUGGAACUGAUAGUCAGGAUGAAGAAGGAAACCAACAUGAAGAAUCAACAUCAACUCCAGAUGAAGAGACAGAGUCACAGAACAGAGAUCAGAGGAAGAGAAGAGACAGAAGUCAUGUCCAAAGUGUGGCCAGCUCUCACAUGUCAGAAGUCCUUCCUCAGCACUGGGUGAAAGAAGAAGAAGAUCUCUGGAACCAACAGAGGAACUUCAGAGAGGAACAGAAUGAUCUAAAACCCACACAGACUAAAGAGGAACUGGAGGAAUCAGAACCAUCGCAGAUUAAAGAGGAGCAGGAGGAACCAGAACCUCCUCAGAUUAGAGAGGAACCAGGGGAACUCUGUAUCAGUCAGGAUGAAGAGCAGCUUGAUCUGAAGCAGGAGACUGAAACAGUGAUUCCUGCUUUGGAGGAAAAUAAGAACAGUGAAGCAGAUCUAAACAAUCAGCAGAGCUUUAAUGGAACUGAUAGUCAGGAUGAAGAAGGAAACCAACAUGAAGAAUCAACAUCAACUCCAGAUGAAGAGACAGAGCCACAGAACAGAGAUCAGAGGAAGAAAAGAGACAGAAGUCAUGUCCAAAGUGUGGACAGCUCUCACAUGUCAGAAGGUCAGUGGGACUCUGAUGUUAGAAAAAAGUUCCGGAAAGCAAGUUUUGUCAAGAAACCCAAACAAUCCGCAAAAGAAAAGAGACUUUCCUCUGCAGGGUCUGGUAAAAGAACAAGAAUUCCACACGACGUGUCCGUUAACAUGAGAACUAUGUCUGAUGAACAACCUUUUGUCUGUAAAGAAUGUGACAGAAGUUUUAGUUAUGUAUCUAAUUUAAGAAGACACAUAAUAACUCAUACAGGAGAGAAGCCUUUCUCGUGUAAAGAAUGUGACAAAAGUUUUAGAGAUAAAUCUACUCUCAGAAUACACAUGAGAACUCAUACAGGAGAGAAGCCUUUCUCGUGUAAAGAAUGUGACAAACUUUUUCGUCGAACAUAUCAUCUGAAUUUACACAUGAGAACUCAUACAGGAGAGAAGCCUUUCUCAUGUAAAGAAUGUGACAGAAGUUUUAGUGAUCAAUCUGGUCUCAGAUCACACAUGAGAACUCAUACAGGAGAGAAACCUUUCUCGUGUAAAGAAUGUGACAGAAGUUUUAGUGAUAAAUAUAGUCUCAGAUCACACAUGAGAACUCAUUCAGGAGAGAAGCCUUUCUCGUGUAAAGAAUGUGACAAAAGUUUUAGUCAAACAUGUCAUCUGAAAUUACACAUGAGAACUCAUACAGGAGAGAAGCCUUUUUCGUGUAAAGAAUGUGACAAAAGUUUUGGUCAAACAUCUUGUCUGAAAUUACACAUGAGAACUCAUACAGGAGAGAAGCCUUUCUCGUGUAAAGAAUGUGACAAACUUUUUCGUCGAACAUAUCAUCUGAAUUUACACAUGAGAACUCAUACAGGAGAGAAGCCUUUUUCGUGUAAAGAAUGUGACAAAAGUUUUAGUCGAACAUGUCAUCUGAAAUUACACAUGAGAACUCAUACAGGAGAGAAGCCUUUCUCGUGUAAAGAAUGUGACAAAAGUUUUAGAGAUAAAUCUAGUCUCAAAACACACAUGAGAACUCAUACAGGAGAGAAGCCUUUCUCGUGUAAAGAAUGUGACAAAAGUUUUAGUAAUAAAUCUGGUCUCAGAACACACAUGAGAACUCAUACAGGAGAGAAGCCUUUCUCAUGUAAAGAAUGUGACAAAAGUUUUAGUGGUAAAUCUAGUCUCAAAACACACAUGAGAACUCAUACAGGAGAGAAACCAUUCUUGUGUAAAGAAUGUGACAAAAGUUUUAGUGAUAAAUCUAGUCUCAGAUCACACAUGAGAACUCAUACAAGAGAGAAGCCUUUUUUCAUGUAAAAAAUGUGACAGACGUUUCUGUCAAAUAGUCAAUCUCAAAGGACACAUGAACUCAUACAAGAGAGAAUUUUAUUUUUGAAAGCAAGUGAAACCCACAGUGAAUAACUCAUAAAGAAAAGACAAUAUUGUUUUAACUAGGAACAUUUAAAUAUUGUGAACAACAUUUUUCCCUAUUUUAAUGGCCAUUUAAAAUCAACUUUUUAAAAGUGUAUUAUAAUAUUUAUUCCUCACUAUAAACAGCUCCAAAGCGGUAUUUUGAUCCAUUCAUGCAUUCUGAGAAAUCCUCUAAAAAUCUGCACUCUGAGCUCCAGCCCCUCCUAACCCACAAAAACAAGCGGGUUCUCACAAGCUGACAUCACAAAGUGAGGACGGCCCCUUUUAGGAAGCGUCUACACUGCCAGCACUUCCCCAGGCUAAACACCUUCAAAAUUCUUUCAUUUUAGCAUUGACUCUGAGAAGAAAUGGGUUCAUUUUGCACCUAAUCUGCAGAGACAGAUUUGAUCUAUAUGGAUAUAGUUUUCUCUGAAAGGCUUAAGAAUGACAUGAUAAAGACCUUAAAAUGGUCUGUCAGUUGGUAAAAUUAAGUUAGUUUCUAAAACACGUCACAGCGGACAAGAUUUGUGGAGAUUCUGCUUUUAUUUUCUAGCAGAACUUGGAUCAUUUCCACUCUACUAGAGGUACCUAACCCUGCUUAUCCCUAAACAUCUGUUUCUGUGUUUGAUCAACCAGCAAAUUCCCUGACCUGAACCCAAUAAAAAAAAUCUAUCAAGUGUUUUUAAAGAGGAAGAUGACACGGCAGAGCCAACAAUGAAGAUGAGUUGAAGUCGGCUAUCAAAUGAACCUGAGCUUUUAUUCCAUGUACACAGAGCCACAGGCUGAUGGCCUCCAUACCACAUUGAUGCAGUCAUUCAAUGAAAAGGAGGAACAAGUGAUUAUUGAAUGGAGACAAAAGAACACUUCUGAAUCUGAAAAUGUCCUUUUAUGCUUCUUCUGAUAGAAUAUUCUCAUUUUCUUAGAUGAUGAAAAGCUAAAAACUUCUCUAUCAGCCACUAUGAUCACAUUGAUCAAAAUAAAGAAAUGUGUAA